AUGGCUAUAAAUUUUAAAGCAAAUGGACAGCCACUGGGGAUUGUCACAAUCUUCAUCGCUUUAUUAACCUCCGUCGGAGGUAUGAUCUUUGGUUAUGAUACCGGUCAAAUCUCGGACAUGCUCCUCAUGGAAGACUUCCUCCAGCGUUUCGCAGAUAUUCGCGAAGGUUGCAACGCCAACGGAAUGAACUGCACCACCUACGAAUUCUCCAGAGUCAGAGAAGGUCUUAUUGUCGGUCUUCUCUCAAUUGGUACCCUGUGCGGUGCUCUCUUAGGUGCUCCAAUUGCCGACAAGCUGGGUAGAAGAUGGGCUAUGUCGAUUGAGUGCAUCGUCACUACUAUCGGAUUUAUUGUUCAAAUCACUGCCUUCCAUGUCUGGCAGCAAAUCGCUGUUGGUAGACUUAUUGCUGGUCUUGGUGUCGGUGCCCUCUCUGCCGCGGUACCAAUGUACAUGUCAGAGUGCGUCGUUGCUGCCUUCAGAGGUACAGCUGUCGCCUGCUACCAACUUGCCAUCACCUUUGGUAUCUUGUUGGCAUACUGUUUCUGCUACGGUACCCGUGAAUUGUAUAGCGAUGCCAGCUGGAGAAUCAUUGUCGGUCUUGGUAUGGUUUUGACCUUCAUCCUUGGUUGUGGUAUCUGGUUACUUCCAGAAUCACCACGCUGGCUCAUGAAAGCCAACAAACCUGACGAAGCAAAACGUGCACUUGAAAGAAUCAGAGGUGUCAACACGGACUUCGAUAGUACAGUCGUCGAUCAUGAUUUCCUUGAAAUUGCCAGCCGUAUUAAGAUGGAGCAACAAACCGAAUCUCCAUUCUGGAGAUCAUGGGUGGAGUGCUUCGCCGGCCAUCCUGGUACUAAGAAGUUGGUUUACAGAACUUUCCUUGGUAUGUUUAUUCAAAGUCUGCAACAGCUGACUGGUGCCAACUACUUCUUCUACUACGGUGCCACGAUCUUCCAAUCGGUUGGUAUCGAAGAUUCUUACAUCACCCAAAUCAUCCUCGGUGUCGUCAACUUCGUUUGCACAUUUGCAUCACUUUACGUCUUGGAAAACUUUGGACGUCGUAAGCCUCUCAUCAUUGGUGGUCUCUGGCAAUGUGUUUGGUUGCUCAUUUUUGCUUCCGUCGGUGUUGCUCGCCCACCAGAUCAGAACGAGGGCAUGGGUGAUCUCAUGAUCGUUUCAGCUUGCUUGUUCAUUGCCAGUUACGCCACUACUUGGGGUCCAGCCUGCUGGAUUGUUACUGGUGAAACGUUCCCAAUGAGAACCAGAGCCAGACAAGCAGCCAUCGCGACUGCUUCAAAUUGGACGUGGAACUUCCUUAUCUCCUUCUUUUCGCCAUUCAUCACUGGUGAUAUUGGAUACGGUUACGGUUACGUGUUUGCUGGUUGCAACUUAUUCGCAGCAUUCUUCGUCUUCUUCUUCCUCUACGAGACUGCCGGCUUGACCCUUGAGGCAGUCGACGAGAUGUACUCUACCGACGGUUUGAAGGCUUACCAAAGCGGUGGAUGGACACCCCCUGGUUACAGUUCAAGAGGAGAAGUCAUGGAAACAAGCAAGGUUGAGCAGUACCACAAGGAUCAUGCCGACAAUGGCGAAAAGAGAUUCGAUGAUGAUGAGGAGAGAGUCUCUCAAACAUCAGGCCAUCAAGAUGUUUCUCGUAAGGUCUAA